CAAUGGAAGUUGUAGUCUGAAAAAUAGGCGCACAUUAAUUCUUCAAUUUUCAUUGUGUGCAUCGAAUUUCAGAGUAGUUGGAAAUUGAUUUGAAGACAUAACUUUAAUACUAAUGAUUAAAUAUCAGUAAAAUAUAAGUUUCUAUAAUAAUAUAGAAACCCCCAUUUUGUUUUAGGGGAGUUUGUGUCCUACUUUUCAAAAAAGAGAUGACGAUAAAAUAAAGGGUUGAAGAUUUUAUCACUUGGGUUGUGGUAUACCUAUCAGUUCUGUAGUAUACUUUGUGCACGUUGUGUCUUAUUCAAUAUAUUGGAUGUUUAAUUGUGUUAAUGUAGUAUAAUACAACUCGUGAAUUUGUGAAUUGCUAUCUUACUAUCGUUACUAUCUUUACUUAAUCGGACAAAAGUAUAUAUGUAUAUAGUUCUGACAGUUUGUGUCAAUAAGAAUUCUCCUAAAAAGUGCAAAAAAAUCAGUUAUACUAUAUUGUAAAUAUUUUUUCUAAAAAUAUGUUUCUUGAUCGAAAAGAACAAAAUUUAUUACCAGUUAAAUCCACAAAUAGCAGUCUGAUGAAAACUAAUGCAUUCGAAGACUUAAAUUUCAUUUAUCAUCCAGAUACAGCACAGUGGAAAGGAUGCAAUAAAUUGAAUACAAUAUAAUUAAAUGCACUUGAAUCCUUUGAAAGUGAUAUAAUUUUUCAAGGGUGGAUACUUCUAAUAUUCAGAAAAAUGUAAUAAUUAUAUAUAUAGAUCUAUAUGUAAUUAUAUGUAUAGUUAUAGCAUACAUAUAUUAAAGUAAAACAAGAAUAGAAUCUUCCUGAAUGUACAGGCAUGAUUGAAAAAAAAAUCAUUCGAGCGUUUAUGAAUUGGUUAAAAUUAGGGUGAGCACAUACUUAUCUGUCAACACACGUCAAGAUGGCAAUCGGAAGCAUUAUUUGUGGAGCAAAUACUCCAAAAGUGAAGAGAAAAAAAAUUAAGACAACAGAGCGUAGUUGGAUAGAAGCAACUUUUCAAAAAAGAGAAUGCACAAAAUUUAUUCCAAGUGCGAAAGAUGAACACAGGUUUGAAGAAGUACAGGGAGAUAAGAAUGCAGAAUACGACGUGAUCACCACUUCCAGAUGCUGUUGUGGACAUUCUUAUACUCACCACUGUGGAAAUGGAGCGGAUGUUCAAUCUUACUCAAACAGCAUUGCUACCGAACAAGAACGAGAGCAAUGGAUCCCAGGAAAGAAUACCCGUUUUUCAGCAACAGAUGCGUAUGGCACAAUUGAGUUUCAAGGGCUACCCCAUCCAACAAAAGCACAAUAUGUUAGAUUGGCACACGACACUCGACCAGAGCCUAUAGUUCAGUUAUUAUGUCGUGAAUGGAAUUUAGGCUUGCCGAAACUUUUAAUCACCGUUCAUGGUGGUCGAUCAAAUUUUGAUCUACAACCAACUUUGAAAAAAGUUCUUCGUAAAGGUCUUUUGAAAGCGGCUAAAACAACUGGAGCUUGGAUAUUUACCGGAGGAACUAAUACAGGAGUUACGAGGCAAGUAGGAGAUGCUUUAUUAUUGGAAAGAGCACAAAGACAAGGCCGGGUAGUGAGUAUUGGAAUUGCUCCUUGGGGUGUUUUGGAAAAGAGUCAUGAACUAGUCGGUCGUGGUCGAGAAAUUCCUUACGAUUCGCUUUCUUCUCCCUGGUCUAAGUAUGCAGUUUUGAAUAAUCGGCAUUCUUAUUUUCUACUUGUCGAUAAUGGAACUGGUGGAAGAUACGGUGCUGAAAUUAUAUUAAGAAGAAAACUUGAAAAAUAUAUAUCCAAUUUAAAACUUCAGCCUUAUACACACAGUAGUAUUCCGGUUGUUGCACUAGUAAUAGAGGGAGGUACAAAUACAAUAAGAUCAGUUUUGGAAUAUGUAACUGAUGAUCCUCCCGUUCCUGUCGUAGUUUGCGAUGGAUCCGGUCGAGCAGCCGAUCUUAUUGCUUUCAUGCACAAAUAUGCAUCAGAGGAGGAAACAGAAGAUGGAGAAGGCCCACUGGAGAGUAUGAGAGAACAUUUACUGGAAACAAUUAAACGAACAUUCAAAGUUUCUGCAGAACAAGCAAAUCAGCUUUAUCUAGAGUUAUUACAAUGUGUUCGCAAAAAGAAUUUGAUCACAGUGUUUAGGAUAUCACAAGACCGAUCUCAAGAAUUGGACCAGACAAUACUAACAGCCUUAUUUAAAUCAAAACAAUUAUCGCCUGCCGAACAAUUAUCUCUUUCGUUAAUAUGGAAUAGGGUGGAUAUUGCUCGCAGUGAAAUUUUCGUCUACGGACAGAAAUGGCCUCCAGGUGCUUUGGAGCAAGCUAUGAUGCAGGCUCUUCAGCAUGAUAGGAUUGAUUUUGUCAAAUUACUUUUAGAAAAUGGAGUUUCAAUGCGCAAAUUUUUAUCUAUCCCUCGCCUUGAAGAAUUGUAUAAUACAAAAGAGGGCCCGUCAAAUACUUUGGGCUAUAUUCUUCGGGACGUGAGACCGCACAUACCUCGAGGGUACAUGUACACUCUUCAUGACAUUGGUCUCGUGAUAAAUAAACUAAUGGGCGGUGCUUAUCGUUCUCAGUAUACGAGAAAGGAAUUUCGAAUUCUUUACACGAGAGUAAUGAAACGAUCUGGAGGGUAUCAUCAACACGCUCAUCGUAAUAGUUGUGCUUUAACUGGUCGAUCUUUUUCUAGCUCUGGAGGAAAGUCAGGCGGAUUAACAAUGAGUCUGCUGGCAGAAACUCUACCAGCAACUCAAGAUACUGCUCUUUUUGAUUAUCCUUUUAACGAAUUGCUUAUUUGGGCUGUGCUCACGAAGCGUCAGCAAAUGGCGCUACUUAUGUGGCAGCAUGGCGAAGAAGCGUUGGCAAAGGCUUUGGUCGCUUUAAAAUUGUAUAAAGCCAUGGCACAUGAAGCUGCUGAGGACGAUUUGGAAACUGAAGUUUAUGAUGAACUUCGAGGCUAUGGCAAAGAGUUUGAAAACAUAGCUGUUGAAUUAUUAGACUUUUGUUAUCGACAAGAUGACGAUCAAACGCAACAGCUCCUAACUUCGGAAUUAAAAAAUUGGUCUGGUCAAACUUGUCUUUCUCUUGCCGUGACGGCAAACCACAGAGCUUUAUUAGCUCAUCCAUGCAGUCAAAUUAUAUUGGCUGAUCUUUGGAUGGGUGGUCUUCGUACUCGUAAAAAUACAAACUUGAAGGUUAUUUUGGGAUUGAUGUGUCCCGUAUACAUUACUAGAUUGGAAUUUAAAAGUCGUGAGGAAUUGCAGUUGAUGCCACAAACGGAAGAAGAACAUCUCAUUGCUCUUGAAGAUGAAAAUGAGGACAGUGAAUCUGAACAUGGAACACCAGUUGGACCAGAUGUUGAGAAACGCCCACGCAGAAGCCUGAGUAUUCGCUACAAAACCACUGCCCCCAAUGGUCUGCAGGGCGUAAAGGCUUUAAUUAGUCACGAGCAUAAUACAAAUGUUAUAAAAGAGACAAUUGUUCAGGAGAAUGGAAAAGUAUUAACAGAUACGGAUGAUGGAAAUCAUAGAUCUUAUGGAAUCUUAUCUGAAUACUAUGACAAUAAAAGCAGUAGACCUCUUCGCUUAAAGAAAAAACUUUAUGAAUUUUAUACUGCACCUAUUACGAAAUUCUGGGGAAAUGCUAUUGCUUAUGUGACAUUUUUGGUUCUAUUUUCUUAUACGAUUCUCGUAAGAAUGAGCGAUCAACCUUCCUUGCCUGAAUAUUUCUCGAUAUUUUAUGUAAUUACUAUGGGCUGUGAAAAAAUUCGAGAAAUUAUCACUUCGGAACCGGUGGCACUUUCUCAUAAAUUCAGCGUUUGGGCCUGGAAUAUGUGGAAUCCGUGCGAUGCAGCAGCUAUUAUGUUUUUCAUGAUUGGUCUCGUUCUUCGCAUGAGAAAAUCAACAUUCGAUAAUGGCCGAGUUAUUUACUGUGUAGACUGCAUGUAUUGGUACUUGAGGAUGUUGAAUAUUUUGGGAGUUAACAAAUAUCUUGGUCCAUUGGUAACAAUGAUGGGUAAAAUGAUUAAGAACAUGAUUUAUUUCGUGGUUCUAUUACUCGUAGUAUUGAUGAGUUUUGGAGUAACGAGACAAGCUAUACUUAAGCCAAACACAGAACCAACCUGGCGAAUUGUGCGUGAUGUUUUUAUGGAGCCAUAUUUUAUGCUCUACGGUGAAGUUUAUGCCGAUCACAUCGACCCGGAGUGUGGAGCAGAUCCAGGAAUGCCUGACUGUCUCCCAGGCCGUUGGAUUACUCCAUUUGUAAUGGCAAUUUAUCUUUUAGUUGCAAAUAUAUUACUGAUUAAUUUGCUAAUUGCUGUAUUUAAUAAUAUAUUUAUUGAAGUAAAUGGUAUCUCCCAUCAAGUCUGGAUGUUCCAACGAUUCACUGUUGUUAUGGAGUAUGAGCAGAAACCAGUCUUGCCGCCUCCUCUUAUUGCUGUUUCUCAUGCGUAUUUAUUAGUAAAAUACAUAAUACGUUAUAUUACACAUGGUCAAAAGGUUUCUGGGGAAUCGGGUGACAAUGGAUUGAAGCUCUUUCUCGAGGCUGACGACAAAGAACGCUUGUACGACUUCGAGGAGGACUGUGUCGAAGGAUAUUUCCGUGAACAGGAACUCAAGCUGCAAAUGUCAACAGAAGAACGUGUAAAAGUAACGAAUGAACGUGUGGAAAAUAUGCAGCAGAAAAUGGAAGAUAUUGAGAAAAAAGAAAAUAGUCAGAGUUCUUCCCUUCAGACUGUGGAAUUUCGAAUUAGAAAACUCGAGGAACUUAACGAACAAACUUUGGCACACUUGGGAGUUAUUCAUCGAUUCAUGGCAACGCACAUGUCAGACGACGGUCUUCAAGCUCUCGACGUAGAAUUCCGUCCACGCAGAGUUUCAGAGCGCUCAGAAGCAUUCUCCGAGGUUGAUUCACAUUCACACUUUCCUAGUUUUUCUUUGAGGAAAAAGAAACUUUUGAGAUCUCUGACCGAUGCGGCAUUUAUGCAAAUGGCUCCACCAGCUGAUGAUAAUGUUUCCAAACAAUCGGAGGUGAAUGUCUCCGGUGAAAAUCUCAGCAGAAAUGAUUCAUCAGUUAGUGGCGAUCAUCAAGCAGCUCAAGAAGAUUCAAAAGUAGUGACAAGUCAGGAAGAAAGCGAUGAAAAUAAAGUACCUGUCGACGACAAAUUAAAUGCAAAAGCCGUUCAAGAGGAAAAAGCCAGCAGUGAAAUUCCCACUAUUAGCGAGUCGAGACAAAACUCUGGAGAGCGAGCCAGCCGACAAAACAGUAGGACGCGAUCAGAAUCAGAGGAUAUGGUGUACCUUGCACCUCCAGGAACGCAGAGAGUAACGUGGGCUGAACCGAGGCAUUCCGUUAUUCAACCGUCGAACCCUCGAUCUCUUUUGCUUGCGAUGCGCGCAGAAUACACAAGUAUCACUGACGAACUUGAAAGUUACUGUGGGCUGUUGAGUCCCCCAAGAUCUCCACCAAUGUCGCCGCCACCUGGAAGAGGAAGAUCCAUUUCAGGAAUGUCGAAUCCAGAAAUUGCUUGGCAAAUUGAAAAUGAACAUUUGAGAGAUGCAGAAGAAUGUGAUUAUCAGCAAAUGAAAGAUCUAAUUCAGAGACGAUACAUGGAAGGGAAUAAUAGUAGUAAUAAUAAUGAUGAUGAUGAUGACGAUGGUGAACGUGAUGAUAAUGGUUUCACGCCAUUCUUCAUAGCAAGUGAGCAUCGUCAAUUGCGACGAGUAUCUGCAAUAGAUGAAGAUUCAAGGAGACCACCACCACCAACAAUAAGCGUAACAAGAGAAAUUGAGCAAACAUUAUCGAGACCGCCAGCGAUUCGAGAUAGCAGCGAAGAACCCGAUCCAAACGAAACUGAGGAACCAGCUCCCGCUUCUGAAACAAUGUGUUGAUUUUAUUCAUUUACUUCACAAAGUCAAACAAAACACGCAAAACACCAAGGGAAGUACAUAUUUUUAAUAUACGUAUAGGUACAUAUAAUUUCAGUUUUAAUUAUGCAUGAUUUUAAUAAGUAUUUCUUUAAUAAGAGAUCUCUCAAAUAACGAAUACUAAUGAACUUCAAUACAGACAGCCAAGAAAAUACAUCGAAUUUUUUAAAUUAACGAUUAUUCAAUUCCGAGUUGUAGAUAAAGCUUUAAUUUUAAUCUUACUAUUUAAAAUAUACGGGGAACGCAAUUCAUUUUUUCAAUUGUUAUUACUUUUUGAUAGAGUUUGCAUAAUUAAAUUUAAACUACUUCCAAAAUAAAACUAAAAGUGCAUAACAUUAGGGUCUAUUAUAUAACUUAUAUAAUUUGAUAAUGAUUAUACAGUCCAUAUGGUAUAAACGAUAAUAUUCUUAUUGCCUUCAGUUUUGAUAAUAAUUAUUGUCAUUUACUGAAAAAGUGGUUCAAUUAUAUUUCGACUUGUGGAUAAUUAUUAUUAGACAGAUGUUAAAGUUGAAUAAAAUCUAUCUGAUAAUAAUUGUCAUUAAUUACAUUUUUCUCAAAUUAAAAAGCUCAAGUGCAUGUGUGCAUGUGUGUAACACAUAAUUAAAAAACAAUAUCUAUAGUAAUUUAAUAAUUCUCCAUAUUGAGCGGUUGUCAAAAUCGUUUCUUAUUUCAAUACAUGGAGCUCCAGUGGAAAAAUUGCUUCCACUUUAUCAAUAUUAUUUGAAACAGAAAUUAAAUUCUGAAAUAAUUUAUUGAUAAAAUCAAGCCAGUUUUUAACUAAAGAAAAAAUUACAUUACUAUUAAAGAAUAAUGAAUUUGUUCCAAAAGCGAACAUUUAUAAUAAUAGGACCACAACGAGUAAACCAUAUCAUCGAGGUUUGACUUAUAAGAAAACUCUGCCGAAUCUGCGUUAGUACAAUUUCCUGAUAGAAAACAUUUUGUAUAAAAGAAAUACCUAUGCUAAACAAAUACUUAAAUUUGCUUAUGAAAAUAAGAGAAAUAAUGAAAUCGUAUAUUGAUGAAAAUUAACAUUUACGAACGAUACUUAAUAAUUAGAAAAAUCAAAUUUAAAUGUGAUUUCCUAUAUCAAGAUUUCUAAAAGAAUUCUUCUUCCUUGAAACAAUUAUUAAUUGCCUAAAACUCAGGACUUUCGAGUAGUUAAAAACUUCAAAAAAUCAAGAAGAAUAUCUCUAAAAUUGAAAAUAAUAACUCUUUUGAUUUUUAUUGAUAACUCAAUUGAACACGAACCGAAUUUUCGACAAAUAUAUCUUUACAUAAUUUUGAAAAUAGUGCAUAUUUUUUAAAAAAGAAUUUUUUUUAAUUAAACAUAAUUUUUUACUAAAUGAACUACAGUCAAUUCCUGUAGAUUCUAUAUGAACUGCAUUAUAAUUCUAAAUUUUACUGUAACUGACUAAAUAAGUCGUUUAUACAUAUAUUUGAAACUGAACUGAAUAAAUACCAGUCUUAUAUAUAUACAAUGAAUUAACAUCGGAUAAACUAUUUAUCUAAUAAUUAAAAAUAUUUCUUAUGAUCUCUAUAUUUGUUUCUAUUUUCAAAACCGACUUUAUCGAGAAAAAUUUUAAACUAUCUAAAGCCUUCUGACUAUUUUCAAGAGCUUUCUGCUCUCAUUAAAAUUACUACAAGGUUUCCUUACAGUUAUUCUUUAUAGAAAUUUUCAGUAGUAUAUGGACAUCCUCCAAUAUAAAGUAAUCAUUGUAAACUUUAAUAGUAAAAAAUCAUUUCUAAAAUUUAUAUACAAAAAUGAUAUUUUCAUUUUCUGUAUAAAAGUUUAAAAAAAUUUUUGCAAUGUUUAUUUCAUGAAGAUCUUUAAGGUUCUAAAUUUCAAUUUAGUUCAAAAGGAAUUAAAACUUUGUAGUUGACAGUAUCAUUAAAAACUUUGGGCAUUACAUGUCCACAAGUUUAUAACAUUCAAUAAUAAAGAAAUAAUAUUUGUUUCAUCGAUAUUAUCUUACGAAUAUUUAAAAACUGUAAAAGCUUAGAUUCUUUACGCACAAUCGACGAAAAAUCAAAAAACAAUAUUUUUCCAUUUAUCUUAACUGAUGUAGAAUUUCAUGCAUAAAAUUUAUAUUGCACAAUUUUCACUCUAUGUGAAAAAACUAAUAAAUGCUUCUUGUGGAUUGCUUCCUCAUAGAGGAAGUACUUUAUUGAUAAUAUAUUAAAUACUGCAUUCAAAAUAAACACAGGGUGUCUACUAACCGGAAAAUCCGGGAAUUUAA